AAAUUUAUAAAUUCAUGGUUUAUUAUUCGAUUGCACGAUGCGACCGAUAAAGAACUGUGCAUGGAAAGUUUUCCUGGAGAAUCAGGAGUCGUUCGGAAACCAAGAAUCAAUUAUAAAUUUUAACCAUGAAUUAUCAGAGAACAAGAAGUACGAUUUGGAAAGCUCGAAGUACUUGAAUGGUAUCAGCACGCGAAAAUGGCAAAUCAUGUUAACCUCCGCAGAUUGCACGAUUAAAAAACACUGUCCCGGUUGGCAGAUAUAUCUAAAAAACGUAAAGGGAACUGAGGGAAAAGAAUUCGCUUGGAAACUGUCAGACACGAACAUGAAUUCUCGAGUGAACGUAGAUACCGUGAAAACUGCAAACGCCGAGAUACUUUGCAAUCGCGAUGAUUUGGAUGAUCUGUUAAGAGAAUACGAGAAACAGAACGAACAAGCUCACGGUAGGAUCAUCCUGAGGGACUAUCUGAAGCUCCUCAGUAACGAAGAGAUAAAGGUCAAUUUCAUCUUGAAAGUAUUGACGAAAGCGGUAAAUGAUCACAAAAUUUUCGUGAUUUAUGGCAAUUUCCCAGUGCUGAGGAAGCCUCUAGGAAAAAGAGGGUGGAUAGAAAAAAGAUUCAUCAGAAGAUUGCUCUCCACUUCUCUGGAGAUGUCUGAAGGUUACUGAACAGAAAUUCCAAAGACUAAUACUGAAAAUAACGAAAAAUAUUCUUAGCAGCUGGC